AUGUUUCUGUCGAUUACGCCUGCAUCUAUCGCCUCGCCGUCGUCGUCACGCAUGAUGCUAUACAACACUACUUCCAUUAUCACGACGGCACCUAGUACCAUCACGACGAUGGCAUCGCCUGUUGUACCAGACCGGAUAACCGUAAGCGCAUCAACAUCAUCUUACGAGAAGACCCGCAUUGGGACGUCGUUCUUCCUCUGGGGUCUGAGUUUUCCAACCCAACCCACAAGCUCUGGCGCACAUACAGUCACUCGAUCCGCAAAGCUUGACAGCUCAAACCCAGGCCUCGCUACUCUGACCACGGUCCUCGCAAUGAUCACUGGUAAAUACAUGAGUAUACCACUGCUCCUUUUGCUCUCUACAGGCUUGGCUCAAGCCGACUACCCGCCUAACCAGAGGCGGGGUGCAUACGCCGACGAUACCGCCAGCAUCGCACACGCCACGCCAAUAUCGGUGAUCACUCUUGCCAAAGUCUUGACAUCUACCGUCUCCAACGCCGUCGUGACUUCCGCGCUCUGCUUUAACGGCAACGCGGUAGUGUUGUGCGGCGCGCCGAGCGUGGUUGUACAGUCUACGGUCUCGGUCAACCAGUCAGCGUCCACUUCGGCAACUGUCGUGGUGAUUUCGACGUCGUUGGAGACACCCAGUACGCAGACUACGACCUCGUUGGCCCAAUCGGCGACCUCAUCGGCUAUGGUCAUGGUUGAUUCGACAACUUCUAUGAAUGCCACCCAUUCCCAGGCUGCAGCCUCGCCUACGCAACCACCAGCUCGGUCCGCUACGUCCGGGGCUUCUGCAACAGUCAAAGCAUCAGGCUUGAGAGCUAUAGUAUGGUCAGCCGCUCUUGUCAUACUUUUCUUCGGCGGUCAGAUUUUGGCAGACCCGCAUCUUUGCAGCUCUGGCACUUCAUUGAUGGUGCCUUAA